CUCGUCAAAACAGCCGUGUUUGGUCGUAGUAGCAUAAAUGAGAUCCCCGUCUAUUACGGACACUUGCUCGGAUUUUUGAGGUCGAUGGCAAAAGUAAUAGCCAGUUCGUGGCUGUCGAUUGAUGGGCAGGAACAAGAUGUCAAAGUUACAGAAUAACGCAGGCAACCACCAGCUUAUUCCUUGUUGACAUCUUUUCUUCCGCGUAGUUUCUUUUGCGUGCCACAAAUGUUGUUCCUUCGAGCCCGACCUUCUUCUGGAACAUCACGGGUGGUGGCUGCCAAGCAGCAGGUCCGCUCGCUGUUCUGCGUGUACUCGGAGCCCACACCUAUUGCCGAUUUCAAUCUUGCCCCUGAUUCAUCAUCUUCCGUUUUUGGCCAUGACGCGGCCGCCCAGCCCCACGACUAUUUGUCCACGGAGGAGGCCAAGGCGGAGGAGCAGAGGAACUUUCUGGUGGACGCGGUACUGGGCAGAGCCGAUUUAUUUUCAUCCCGGGGCAGCUCCUUCGACGCUGCGUCCGCGUCCGGCACGAACCCGUACCAGUCCUGUGCGCAACUGCUGGAGGAAUUUUACCGAACGCCGCUAACCAACUACAAUGGCCUGCAGCUGGCCGAGUACGCGGAAGCAGCCUGUCGGUGGCGACACCGGGAGGUGGGGUUCUGGGAGGAUCUUCUGAACACCUGCCGCGCACCAGCGGCCGUCGAUACCAUCCGGCCCGCGCACCUGGUGCGGAUUUUGUGGGCGUGCCACCGCGUGGACUUCCACGAGGUGACGAUGCUCGACGUCCUGGCGGAUCGCAUGCUUGCGGAAAGUAGACCAACCGUGGUAGACGACGCGGAGGCUAUGCUCGGCCAGCUAGAUCCGGCAUUGAAACUGGAGUUGCAGUUGCUAAAGCCGCAAGUAGAAUCUUCUUCUUCGCGCGAUCACUUCGUUUCAUCCCACACCGUUGGAUCCAGUUCUUCGAGUUCGUCGACCUCAAGUUCUUUUUCCUUGCCAUCCGGGACCGCCAGCAGCUGCACCGCGCCGCGGCUCCACAGAAGAACGCAAGCGGUUGCUUUUUCUACUACAUCAAAGCGGGAUCAUGCGAAGAUCCUAGCGAGUGACGGAAAGAGCAAUCUAUGCGACGAGGAAGACAUUUUCUCUGCUUGGCGGAGCGAAGCAAGUCCGAGUCGUAGUGGUCACGGCGCAGACGAGGAAGCGGAUAAUUAUGUUGCGAGGAGAAACAAGCGCGUUGAUCCGCACAAGUUCUUUCGGGAGCUGGAUUUAGCUGCUCUGUCCCAAUUAGCGAUGCUCAUCAGCGCGGUGCAAGUGCGGUGCGUUCUGCAGAAUCGCACCACCCUGCACUUGCGUAAACUCAUUCACCUUGCCGUGUCAGAACGGGAAAUGGUAAAAAAUGGUGUGGAUGAUCCGUCGAUAAUAUCGAAGAUCGGCACAGCUACAAGCGCUGGUGUUAUUUCCUCUGGCAACAAGAAGCAAAGUGCUGGUGUUGGAAAUGCCCUAGGAUCCCGCUCGACAGGAUCUGGAAAGAACAUGGGAACGAGGAAUUUUUCGACAAAAGGGGGGGAGAUAGUACAUCACAGUAGAAAUGCGACCGCAUCUUGGCUGCUUUCGGUUCCGCUAUUGCAAUUACUGGUUUCAUCCUCCAAUGCAGCACCGCUUGAACAAUGCCGCCCCUUCAGCAGUGCCGCAAAGGGCGGCAAGGGGCUGUUUUCGAAGAACUUAUUGCGGAAGGCGGCUAACAAAAUGGGUUUAACCGGUCGUCCAGCCGAAGAGAAAGAAAAACCCACCGGAUUCCGUGGGCGAACGCCGGGGGCAGGCGGACCGUUUAUGCUGGGGGCCUCGACAAAGGACGGGCUGCUGAAAAAAAUUCGCGUGGAGAGGGAAUUCCUCAAGGCGGAAAUGACCCAGGAAGCGAACCAGGUCGUUGCAGAGUCCUUUGCCCUGCGGAAUCAGUACCGCAGUCUGGCGGAGCAGCUUCUGGACGCGAUUCUCGAUAUUUUGCGGCGGCGCCACGUGGAAAACGUGGGAUCUGUGACGACGAGCGCGGACGAAAGUCGGGGUCAGCUGCGAGAAUUCGGCGGGCACGACGAUGCCACGGAGCAGGAACGAGAAAGCCUGAGGUUGCAGCAGGAGACGCGUUCAAAAAUGCAGGAAAGCAAGGGGCAUGUGAGUCAAUUUCGUUCGUGGGUCCUGCUGCUCACCGCGGUACAUCGGAUGAAAAGAGUGAAUGCGGAAGCGCGAGACAUUUUCGAGCGGGGUGCAAUCUUCUGUUCUGAAUUUUUGUCCAUUUCGGAAAAUUGGCCAUUCGUGAAGCCGCGGGAAGUAUUGCAAAUCGUGAGCAUUUACGGCGCUGCCCGCAUGCGGCACGAACGCUUUCUCACAUCUGUUGCAGAAUUCGUUUGCGGGAGCUCGGCGUCUGGGGCCGAGCUCAGUCGAUUUCAAGAAAUUAUGAGGGAAAGCUUGAACUUCUCACACGCAGAACUCGACCGCAUAGCGCAAUGCAGGACACUUUCGUUACAGAGCAUGCUCUCGUGAGUUUACCGAAAAGGUGGUUAGCGCCACUUCUAGAAAUUGAAAUUCAGAUAGAUACCACGAU